AUGGAUGAUGAAGAUGCAGAAAAAACAUCCUUUAUCACUCCAUGGGUUGAGUGGACCGAAGAAUGUCGAGAAGCUUUUGAAAGAAUUAAGAACUACCUAUCGAAUCCCCCUGUGUUAGUUCCUCCUGAGCCGCAUGAUGACAGUGGGAAGAAAGAGCGGGCCAUUUAUUACCUCAGCAGGAAGUUUACCGUUUAUGAAGCGAAAUACACCCUUCUUGAAAUAACGUGUUAUGCCCUAACAUGGGUAGCACAGAAGUUGAAACAGUAUCUUUCAUCUUACACUACUUAUAUCAUCUCUCGUAUGGAUCUGUUGAAAUAUAUUUUUCAAAAGCCCAUCCCAACAGGCAGGCUUGCGAAAUGGAAAAUAUUGCUCACGGAGUUCGACAUUAUGUAUAUAACGUGGACCGCAAUGAAAGCUCAAGCAUUGGCAGAUCAUUUGGCAGAGAACCCUAUUGAUGAAGAAUAUGAACCACUUAAAACCUAUUUUCCAGAUGAAGAGAUAUCUUGUAUCGAUGAAGUUAUUCACGAUAACGAUCAAGGUUGGAAGUUAUUCUUUGUUGGUGCCUCUAACAGGAAAGGAGUUGGAAUAAGAGUUGUUCUUAUGUCUGAAUCCGGGGAAUAUUACCAUAUAUCAGCCCAUCUUAGAUUCUAUUGUACUAAUAAUAUGUCUGAGUAUGAAAAGUGCAUUUUGGGUCUGAGGUUAGCUGUCGACAUGGGCAUCCAAGAAUUGUUAUUGCUAGGAGAAUCAAACUUACUAGUUCAUCAAAUUCAAGGAGAAUGGGAAACUCGAGACCCUAAGCUCAUACCAUAUCAACAUUGUUUACAAGGUCUUUGUCAACGAUUCGUGUCGAUAAAGUUUAGACAUAUUCCCAGAAUGCACAAUGAUAUUGUAGAUGCAUUGGCCACUUUAUCUUCGAUGCGCCAACACCCUGAUGACGCCCAUAUCGACCCUUUAUACAUAAAAAUUCAUGAUCAACAUGCUUAUUGCAACAUGAUUAAGGAGGAAUUUGAUGGUAAGCCUUGGUUUCAUGAUAUCAAAAUAUAUCUUCAGUCUAGAGAAUGUCCAUCAGAAGUGACUAGUAAUCAAAAAAAGACUAUUCGACGACUAGCCAGGGGUUUUUUCUUAUGCGAAGGCAUACUGUACAAGAAGACACCCGAUUUAGGUCUUCUAAAGUGUGUAAAUGCUCAAGAGGAUUCCACAAUCAUGAUUGAAGUACACUCAGGAGUUUGUGGACCUCAUAUGAAUGGAUAUGUUCUAGCCAAGAAGAUACUUUGA